AUGCGAUUUGUAUUCACCAUUGCUGUAGCCAUUUUGGUUUUGACAUACUUUGGAGCAAACGCUGAAGAUGAUGCCAUUUUUCGAGCAAAGAGACAAACUCUUGGAUUGAAUUUAUUCUUUAAUCAUUUAGGAGCUGGAGGACAAGGUAGUGGACAAGGUGCUGGACAAGGUGGUCAACAAGGUAAUCAACAAGGUGGUCAACAAGGUGGUGGACAAGGACAAGGUGGUUCUCAAGGACAAGGUGGUCAAGGACAAGGACCAAGUCCCAAUCAAUUCGGAAUUGGAGGACUAGGCGGCGGUGGUGUUGGUGGCGGUGGUCUUGGUGGAGGAAUCGGAGGAUUUGGUCGUUAA